CGUUGCGCCACGCUUUUUAGACGCCGUACCAAGUUACAAAGUACGUCUUUUAAACACUUUCAAACACGCGUCUCGAGAUAUUUGCGUUCUACUCGCGAGAACGUUUCGAACUGAACGCCCCCUCAGAACUCUGGUAAGGUGGUUCCAUGUUAUUGCACGAUCUUUGUGUUUGCGAUUACGCUGCAAUGUGUUCUGUACCACUGUGGUGCACCUGCUAGAAGGCAGACGUUGCGCAUAGUCUGCAUUCAAAAGUUUGCCGACGUUAAAUAUAUUUUUUAAGAGCUGUCUACUCCAACUCUCAUCACAUGUCGACGGAGGAUUUGUCCACUUCUGACAGCGAGGCUGCCUUCGCGGGAGCCGGGGAGCGAUGGGCGCCCGUGGGAGCGGUGGCCAGCCCGGAGGAUGAGCAGUGGAAGCGGGACACGCAGGCUGGAGCAGCGUCGUCCGGCGAGACAGACAUGGUAGCGAGGCUGAGAAAGCUUGAGGACGAGCAAGAGCAGCUGAAUUCAUCACUUCUCGCCCUAACAUCACACUUUGCGCAAGUGCAGUUUCGACUCAAACAGACUGUCCAUGCUCAAAGCGAGGAGAAAGAGAGGAUGCUGCUGGAGCUGGAGGAGUUUGCUUUCAAAGGAUGCCCUCAUGUCAUCGGGUGCAGAGUACAGGACGCCCAGAUGUUGGAGAACUCUAGUGAAAGAGAGAAGAGGGAGCGUUUGGAAGCUCAGAGAAAGAAGCAGAAGGAACUGAUUUUCCAGCUGAAGACCCAACUUGAUGACCUGGAACGCUUUGCCUACCAGGAGGGAAGCUAUGACUCAUUGCCUCAGUCUGUCGUCAUGGAGAGGCAGAGGGUGAUCAUUGACGAGCUGAUCAAGAAGCUGGAUGUGAACCUUAAUGAAGAUAUAGGGAACCUUACUCCAGAGGAGCUCCGGCAGAGAGUGGAUUCUGCCAUAGCUCAGAUUGUCAACCCAGCCAGAGUUAAAGAGCAACUGGUUGAGCAGCUCAAGACCCAGAUUAGAGACCUGGAGAUGUUCAUUAACUUCGUACAGGAUGAGGUGGGAAACCCUCUGUUAAAUGAUGGUGCAAACAGCCAACAGGCCCGAGCAGCUGGACCAAACACUGGAGCCACUAGAAGGAUGAAGCAAGUGGACCCUGAACAGGCGCAGAGGAUGCGAGAAACAGGGCUUCAGCUGAUCCAGAAAGCCUUAGCUGUGCUGCAGAUAUUUGCUUUGAGCCAGUUUGGAUGCGCUGCGGGGCAUAUGCCCCAGAAUGUGUGGUCUCAGGGGGGCGAGUCUCAAGAUUACGGCCCUCUGCUGAAGAAACUGGAUGGAGCUGUGGAGCACGUACGUCUCCAAGCCUCUCGCCAGCAGCCGGCCCCUCAGGUGGAACAUGUGGUCAGUUACACCACCUGCCUGUCACCAGGAGGACCUCGGGACGAACUCACCGCUUCUGUACGAAAGGAGUUGGCCGUGGCACUGCGGGACCUGCUAGCCCAUGGUCUGUACACUCCUUCUCAGGGCAUGAGCCUGGUGCUGGCGCCCAUUUCCUGCCUGUUGCCUUUCAGCGCAUCUCCACAAACCUUGCAUCCAUGGGAACUCUUUGUCAAGUACUAUCGCUCCAAAAAUGGCCAGGCCUUUGUGGAGUCCCCUGCCCGCCAGCUCUCGCAGUCUUUUAGUUUGCAUGUAGGGGACGGUCCCGUGACAGUCACACCAAAACAGUCUCUGUUAUGGGCCAUUCAUACUGUGCUUAAAGAGCAUGGGAGAUAUAAACGUAGUGUAGACUCCGAGUUUAAGGCCUUAGUGUGCAUGGCACUCAAUGAGCAGAGGCUUGUGUCCUGGCUCAACCUGCUGUGUAAGUCUGGGACGUUAAUACACUCGCACUACCAGCCGUGGAGCUACAUGGCCCAGACGGGCUUUGAGGGUGCUUUGCGCAUAUUGGGCCGCCUCAGCCAUCUCAGGUUCAGCCUACCUGUCGACUUGGCUGUCAGACAGCUGAAAAAUAUUAAAGAUGCUUUUUGAGCAAACUAAAAUGCUGGAAGUUUGUGUAAUAUAGAAAAGGGUAUGCAGUUGAGUAUGCUAUAGCACUAAUUAUCUGAUUAAAGGGAUAGUUCAUACCAAAAUGAAAAUUCUUUUGAGGUACUCUGAUAGCGCUUUUCCACCAACAUGGUUCGGGGGUGGGUUCCUGGGCCGGUGCGAAUUCUUGAACUGUUCUGCUUGUUUCCACCACAGAAAAGGCGGUGCGGGGCCGAAAACCUGGUCGACACCGGCCCCAAUACUUGCUGGUAAACAAAGAAUCGCAGAUGUCCUGAUCUCAGUCAUUUAUUAUAUUUGUCAACUUUGUUAGCUUUCCUUACACUGUUUUCCUCUUAAUUUGUGCAUUGUGUUGUUCAGUAAGGGCAUUUUUGACCAGCUACUCUACUUCAGAAGAUUGCGGGCUAUCUGUCAAGUAAACUUAGGGAUUCUCAAUAAAGACGUAAACAUAAUAUUAUAUGCUAUGGCAAAACUCCAAAUAUAACCAUCUGCUAGGGCUGGGCAAUAUGGCAAAAAAAAAUCUAACAAUAUUCUUUUUCAUAUCAUUCGAUAUCGAUAUUUAUCAUGAUAUUGAAUCACAUUUGCACAUUGCACAUUUUUUUAAUUUCCAAAAAAAGAACAGAAAACAAAAUCCUUAAAAGUCUAAAUAGUCUUUACAAAACUGCAUUGGGGGCCCAGACACAGCCAAUGCAGUGGUGUCCGAGGGAUCUUCUAUGAAAAUAUUACAAUAUUUUAUAGAGUUUAUCAAUUGAGUGCAGUUGGAUAUGAAUGUUAUAAGAUGAUCUGUUCAUUUUGAAUCAUAAUAACAGUAUAUAUAUAUAUAUUAGAUUUUUUUUUUUACAUUCAAAUUAUUUUCAUAUUUCUUUACAUACAGAUAAGUAUGGGGGCAUAGAAGCCCUUGUGACUGAGGAAAGAUACUUUAUGGGGGUUCAGGGAGAAGUUCUCCAGAGAGAAACUUUUGAAAAUGGAACUGAAAUCUAUUAGUUUAUUAUUAAAGGCUUGGAACAUAUUAAUAAAUAAAAUUGAUUAAUAAAACUAAAUUUAUAAAGAAUUGACUUUAUGGUCUAAAGGCGCCCUGGAAACACGCACCUCAUGUUUACAUGUGGGGGAAAAGAGGAUGCGGGUGCGGCCCGGGACAGGGCAUCAUUGAGGCGUGUUUCAGUGCCAGAGAAAAAUAUUCAAGAAUACAGCGCAGAAAGAUCAGAUAUGAUGUAACAGGUACUGUUGUUUUGUCGCUCAGCACGCACCAGUGGAAACAUACGACAAGAAAGACAAACUGCUAGUGUUUUUAGCAACACUCAUGUCUAGAUGUAGAACACAGGCUAAAUAUCGAAAAUUACUCAAAAGCUUAUCGUCAAUAUUGAGUUUUUUUUUUUUUAUCACGAUAAAUAUUGAUAUCGUUUUAUUGCCCAACCCUACCAUCUGCUACACCAAUGUUAAUAAUUAUUCCACUGUAACAGUUUACAGAAUUUACCAAGUUAAGCCAUAGUUCAUACAAAAUAAUGUGCUUGCAUUACCUGUCGUCUUUAGCGUAGAUGUCAUCUCUGACAAUCUUGUUAAGCAAUAUAAUACAGUUGGAUUGCAUUACUCCGUAUAUUAAAAUAUGCCAUCAAAAACAAGAGUAAAAGCUGAUUUAUGGGCAGGUAAGGUAGUCGCGUAACUCAUUAUGUCACCAUUUGUUUCUGAAGUCAGUGGAAAAGUGCAGCCGGCUUACAGAAGAUUCCAGAUUGCCCUGGGCGUGAACCAGCUGACACAGGCUCAGCACACAAGCCAUCGCCAUAUUGGUGGAAAAGGGCUAUCAGAAGAAUGAGUACUCUGGAAUAAGAACAGUUAAUAUAAAAGUUCUUUCAAAAUGAAGCAAUUUAAGUACUUUUUAAAGGGAGGGUUAACCUAUGAGAUGGUUCACCAAUGUCUCAUCAUUUAUUCACCCACAUGCCAACCCAGAUGUGUAUGACUUUAUUUCUUCUGCUGAACACAUAGAUUUUUAGAAGAUUUUCUCAGCUCUAUAGGUCCAUAGAAUGGAUUGUGAUCAGCACUUUAAAUCCUCUAAAAACACAGACAGUGAGCAUAAAGGUAAUCCAUAUGACUCCAGUGGUUAAAUCAAUGUCUUAAGAAAUGAUAUGAAAGGUAUGGGUGAGAAACAGAUCAAUAUAGAAGUCCUUUUUUGCCAGAAAUGUUUCUCUCUGCCAAGUAGGGGUGAUAUGCAUGAAGAAUGUGAAUCACCAAAACACAAGAAGAAUGUGAAAGUGAUCUGUUUCUCACACACACCUAUCAUAUCGCUUCUGAAGACAUUGAUUUAACCACUGGAGUCUUAUGGAUUACUUUUAUACUGACUUGUGUGAAUUUUGGGGGUUCAAAAUUUUGGCACCCAUUCACUUGCAUUGUAUGGACCAAAAGAGAUUAAAUAUUCUACUAAAUAUCCUCAUUCGAGUUCAGCAGAUGAAAAAAAGUCAUAUAUAUCUGGGAUGGCAUGAGGGCGAGUAAAUUAUUUUUGGGUGAACUAUUCCUUUAAGGCUCAACAUUGAUUUUGGCCCACAUGCCUCCUGUCUCCUCUUAACUUAAGAGGAUGAUGAAGGCAAAUGCUGCACCAGUCACACCUCAUAGGUUCAAUUUAGGAUAAAUUGCUUAAUUCAGUGACCAUGAGCAUGUGACUGCAUCCACCUACUAUACAUGCAGUCAUGCACAUUCAUAAACAUGUAACUUUUUGGUGGAUUUGUUAUGGCCAGCUUUUACCAAAAUCAACAAUACUACUGUAUGUAGAUUUAUUACUUGAACUCUUCUCAAGGGCCGUGUUAGAGGUCAUUGUGUAUGUUGGAGAUCAUCUACUGUAUAUAAAUUAGGUAAACAUGAACUAAAGUGAAAUGUUAACUGACCACUUUAAUGCGAUUUGUUUAGUUAUAAACCUUAUGAGGCCAAGUUACAAUACAAAAACUGAGAUUGUACUAAAUUAUUGGACAGUGGUUCACCCUCAACAAAUAAUAUUGCUUUUCAUUUAAUAGUGGUUUGUAUUUGCAUUACUUGAGGUCUUAACAUUUCAAACACUGGAAGUGUGCAUAUCAGGUUUGGGUCAUUUCAGCUCUGUUACUCCUUGUGUGUCCUGAUCACUGUCUGAGAAGACCAUGCAUGCUGGUGAGACCUCACCUAGGUCGAACAGUACACUUAGUAUUACUUGUCAUUUAGUACAAAGUGAGAAAAACAAUAACAUAUAAAUUGUCAACAAUGUUGGUAAAUCACUGAAUUCUCUCCACUGCUUUCAUUCCACUGCCUGGCCCAUUUCAACCAGUUGUCACUUGAAAAUGAUUGUAGAAAACUGAUGAGAUUAUCAGAAACCUGUGAGCACAUGAGGUCAAUAGAGUUAAUCAUAUAACCAUAAUGAAUAUGAGACUGAUUUGCUUUGCAUUAAUAUUGACUGAAUUAUAUAAAUUGUAUGUUCUGCCACCAUUCAGAGGCUCUGCUUGAAUAUGUGUUGUCAAUUCUUGUUUUCUGCUCUAAAAUAUCGAAUGUACAAUCAUUGAAAUUGUAUCCUGCAACCUGAUUCCACAUUACUUAUUAAACCACCCUGAAUACUGAUUUAACAAAUGUAUGGAGGAAGAGGGGGUGGUUCUUACCUUCUCCAGUAAAUUGAUUCAGGUUUCAAUGUAUUUUCCUGCACCAUCCAGAUAUGUAUGGAUGUUUGUGAUACAUUUUUCUUUCUUCAUCUUUCUUCAUCAAAACAGAAUUUAAGACUUAGGAUUUCAUUUCAUGCCUUUAAACUAUGCAAGUGAAUGUACUCCAUUUUUUGAUGGUCCAAAAUAUAUAUUUAGGGUGCAUCAAAAUAAUCCAUAAGACUCUUGUCGACAAAUAAAGUUCUUUUGAUUAUUUUGAGCAGUAAUGUGCUUCCUGACUCCUCCUACACGUGACACAUAACCCUACCAACAAUUUUAUGUCAUCCCUCUUAUGAGCGCACGUCACAGAGAUGUACGGAAGCGAGUAUACAAGGAUUUUUUUGUUUCUAAAAAUAAUAAAUCAUUUGCAUUCAGAAGAACUAUAUUUGUCGACUGGAGUCGUGUGUAUUAAUUUGAUGCAACCUAAAUAUGCAAUUUGGACCGUCAAAAAAGUACAUUCACAUGCAUUGUUUAAAGGAGAAGGCCUGAAAUGAAAUCCUAAAAAUCUUAAAUUCUGUUUUGAUGAAGAAAGAAUCUCAUCAAAACAUUGUGGAUAGCCUGAGGGUGAGUACAUUAUCAACAAAUUUUCAUUUUUGGGUGAACUAUUCCUUUAAAGGAGAAGCAGCACCAAAACUGAGUGUUUCUGACAGAGGGUCAGAAUGAAGGUGGAAAAUCAUCAUGUUUUACAAAUGUAUGACUGUUUUUUUGUGCAAAUAAUGUUACUAAUGUUAUAAGUAAGCAUGUCAUGACCGCUUUAUUGGUCUCAAUUAUGCCAUUUUAUCUUUUCUUUGUCUGGAAAGACAAUUGGCCUAUUUUCUAUCCUUUUGGUUCAUCUUUGUGUUCAUACUGUAUCUCUUAAGGAAUUACUGUUCUGUUGUGAAUCAUUGUUUUAUUUGGCACACUCAAAUUAUACCUUCUUGCUCCUUCCAUGACAUAUCAAAUAAGCCAUGAUUUAAAAACAAUAAAAAAAACAUAUCUUUGCCAUGCUUUUGGCAAAAAUAGAAAGAUUAAUAUGGUAGAAUAGCCAUUCUGAACUCCGUCAAUUCAAUUAUCUUUCUCUUUCAUCCUAAUCUGUAUUUUUCCUAGAAAAUCUUAUUAAAUUUGUAACACUUGACAAUAAUGUUCCAUUUGUUAACAUUAGUUAACAACAUUAGUUAACAUGAACUAACAAUGAACAAUACUUUUACAGCAUUUUAUAAUCUUGGUUAAUGUCAAUUUCAACAUUUACUAAUACAUUUUUAAAAUUAAAAGAUGUAUUUGUUAACUUUAGUUAAUCCAGGAACUAACAAUUAACAAUUCUAUUUUUUAUUAACUAAUUGCUGUUAAAAAUAUUUUGUCCAUUGUUAGUUCAUGAUACCUAAUGCAUUUAUGAAUUGUUGUGAAAAGUCAA